AUGGAGAAAAUGAAGCAGCUGCGGCAGCAAGACGCAGCGCUGGCUGCUGCGAAGCAGCAACUCAUAAAUGAAAUUAAAAUCCAAAAAGAAAAAAUUGCGGAGUUGAAAAAAAAAGAAAAUCUCCUCGAAGAAUUUGCUGCAGCAAAAGCAGCAGCAGCGCAGCUGCAGCAGACUUUGCAAGAAGGCGAGGAGAAGCUGCAGACUCUUCUUGCUGCUCGCGACUCCGCUUUGGUGGAACACACGGAAGCGGCGGCGCUGCUGGAAAGCGAAAAGAAACUUUUAAAAGAAAAAGAAAAAGAAAUAAAACAAAAAGAAGAGACCAUUGGUCAGAAUGAAGAAAAGCUUUCUGUUGCUGCUCUUGCUGCAGUGUCGGCGCAGCAAAAAGAAAUGACCCAGGCUUUAAUUUGGGCCCAAAAAAGAACAGAUUUGGAAUUAAAAAAAGUCGAUUUGGCAGAACAGCGCCUGAGAGACAGACAGAGAGAAAAGGCUCUUCUUGAUGAACAGCUGCAGCAGCAGCAGCAGCAAAGCGAAGAAGCAGCAGCAGCAAUUGGGCGGCUGGACGAAGAGAAGCAAAUGGGAGAAAAUGAAAUUUUGAGUUUGCGAAAAAAAGAAAAAGAAAUUCGAAAAAACAUUCAAGAACUCCAAGAGAAGGCGGCAAAUGCAAACAAGUGGGAUUUGUUUGAAGUUAAAACUUAA